AUGGAGAUCCAGUGCCGAGAAUGCGAGCAAUGCCAGUCCCUCUUCAACCAGCCCAUCCUAUUCCAACCUCAGUCUGACAAGGAGAGUGUGAAGCUUCUCACUGUGAAGACAAUUUCUCAUGAAUCUGGGGAAGAGGAGCAUCCGUUCGAGAAGCACUGCACUGAAGGCGAGAAGAUGCGAAAGGAGAAAAGAAAUAUCUGCACCGGUCCGGUGAUAUUAGAAAAGGCCCCCAGCCGGAUAGGAGAUCUGGAUAAAAAGAAAUACCUGGUGCCUUCUGAUCUCACAGUUGGUCAGUUUUACUUCUUGGUCCGGAAGCGAAUUCAUCUCUGAGCUGAGGAUACCUUGUUUUUCUUUGUCAACAACAUUCCUCCCACCAGUGCCACAAUGUGUCAGCUAUACCAGGAACACCACUGUUGAAGAAGACUUCUAUACAUUGCCUACAGUGAUGAGAGUGUCUAUGGUCUGUGAAGCUGCUGUCCCUGA